UUUGUGUUUUUUAUUUCAAUUGUUGUUGCGCUUAUCGAAGACGAAAUAAAUCCUAUAUUCUUGAUAAUUUUGAUAAUUUAGACACAAAAAGUAUAAAGAUGUCACGCUUUAGCGGAGCCUUACAGUUAACAGAUCUGGAUGAUUUCAUUACCCCUUCCCAGGAAUGUAUAAAACCUGUCCAAAUAGAAAAAACUAAAACGAAGACUGGUGCAAAAAUAUCCAUUCAAGAAGAUGGUUAUUAUGAAGAAACUGCGGCUGGAAAACAAAAAUUACAAAAAGUUGAAAUAACUUUGCAAGAUUGUCUUGCUUGUUCGGGUUGCAUUACAUCGGCCGAGGGCGUUCUAAUAACCCAGCAAAGCCAAGAUGAAGUGACGAAAGUUUUAAAAGAAAAUCAGGAAUUGAAAGCAAGCGAGAAUACAAUCAGCCAAGCCAAAGUCAUAGUAUUUACAGUGAGUCAACAGCCCAUUGUAAGUUUGGCACAACGAUAUGGUCUAUCCGUAGAGAAGGCGGCUGAACAUUUUAGUGGAUACUUGCGACAUUUAGGAGCUGACUAUGUUCUAACAACAAAAGUGGCCGAUGAUUUGGCUUUAUUGGAAUGCCGAAAUGAGUUUAUUGAACGGUUUCGUGAUAAUGCUCCGGACAAGCCAUUUCCAAUGCUAUCCUCAUCAUGUCCCGGUUGGGUGUGUUAUGCCGAGAAGACACAUGGAAAUUUCAUAUUGCCAUAUAUAGCAACGACACGCUCACCUCAACAGAUUAUGGGUGUAUUAGCAAAACAACUGUUGGGUCAAAAGCUAAACACUCCGCCAGAGAAAAUAUAUCAUAUAACAAUAAUGCCAUGUUACGACAAGAAGUUAGAGGCAUCAAGAUCCGAUUUCUUUAACGAAGUACUAAAUUGUAAAGAUGUCGAUUGUGUAAUAACAUCGAUUGAAAUAGAGCAAAUGCUGGAUGACAAAACCUUAGAUAGCUUUCCAUGUGCUCCAUAUGAUUGGCCUUGGGGAGAUGCAAUUUCUGCGGGAGAUAAUAGUUCACAUGUGUGGGCUCACGGUUUAAGCACAUCUGGAGGCUAUGCUGAAUUUAUUUUUCAACAGGCAGCCAAAGAGUUAUUUAACACUGAAUUAGAAACAUUGGAAUUUAAAACAUUGAGAAAUCCCGAUUUUCGUGAAGUCUCAUUGGAAGUGGAUGGAAAAUCAGUGUUAAAAUUUGCCAUUGCCAAUGGUUUUCGAAAUAUACAGAAUUUAGUACAAAAAUUGAAACGAGGCAAAGUGCAAUAUCAUUUUGUGGAAGUGAUGGCAUGUCCUUCAGGAUGUAUUAAUGGCGGUGCACAAAUUAGACCUCCAACAGGUCAACAUAUUCGUGAUCUCACCAUCCAACUGGAAAAGUUAUAUAGAGAAUUGCCCCAAUCACAACCGGAGAAUGUGACAACAAAAACAAUUUAUAAUAACUUUUUUGACGGUGCUCACUCGGACAAAUCGAAGGUCUUGUUACAUACCAGCUAUCAUGCUGUGGAGAAAAUGAACACAGCACUAAAUAUAAAAUGGUGAAAUAUUCCACGUAGAGGGCAAUGUUUGGAAAUUUAUGUAAAUGUAUGUUGUAAGCAUUUUUAAUAAAAGAAAUAGGCAUAUUUUA